AUGCUUGCCAUAGUACUGAUUCUUAUAUCGUUACUUGUCUGCAAUGGAAGACCACCAGUUACAGUAGAGGAGCUGAAGGAAGGACAAACGUCGCCAGAAAUUGAGUAUUUCGACGAUUUCUUGCCAUGGUUCUACAACUCGACGAAAUUCCGAGAGAACUUACUUUAUGAGAAAAAGAAGUAUCUAAGUACGGUGCUUGGGCAACAGAGGAAAUACAGAGCGAUCUGA